GAGCCGGCAGCAGAGCGCAGGCGCACGCGGCCCGCGCGCUUUUCGGAAGCAACAGAUAAAACUGAAGGCCCAGUGAUGUGAAGAGGCUUGCAUGAGAUCGUUCGUCUAAUUUUCCUAGGGACAGAGCUUGGCUUGAACCUCUAAAAUGCAGGUCUCUAGCUCUAGGUCUGUACACUUGAGUGAAUGGCAGAAGAAUUACUUUGCAAUUACGUCUGGCACGUGUACAUCAGGAGAGAAGGCAGACGCGUACCGAGCACAGAUUCUCCGCAUUCAGUAUGCAUGGGCAAACUCUGAGAUCUCCCAGGUCUGUGCUGCCAGACUGUUCAGAAUAUAUGCAGAGAAAUAUUCUGCAGUUAUUGAUUCUGACAGUGUUGAAACUGGCUUGAAUAACUAUGCAGAAAACAUUUUAACUCUAGCAAGAUCUCGGCAAACUGACAGUGACAAGUGGAAGUCUGGAUUGUCAAUAAAUAACGUGUUCAAAAUGAGUAACGUGCAGGAGAUGAUGCACGCUGGCAGAAAAUCCAGAGACUCUCUGUUGGCACCUGCUGAUGAGUCAGUAGUCAUCCAUAGAGUGGCCGCUGUCUUUGAUCUGCCUAAAUAUAGUGUUUGUGGUGGUUCUGGGGAGAGUGACCCAUUAACUAACUCAGCCCAUGGUGCCCAUAGGACCAAAGACUUCCCAGAGGGCAGUCCUUCUUUGAAGUACCCUCAGAAUGCCCAGCCACUUCUGGUCACUGACACCACUAAGACAUGUCCUGUAGUCUCAGGACCUUUCGGUGAGUCAGCCACUGAAAAAUUCCAUGCCACACCAUUAUUUGGAAAUGUCAAAAAGGAAAAUUACAACUUCCCGAAAGCCAACAUAGGACUAAGUGUGUUCUCAUCUAAUCAGUCUUGUUUUCCUUCUGGCUUUGAAAAUCCACGGGAAAUGAAAGCUUUUUAUGGUUCUGGCACCAUUGAUGCACUUUCCACUCCAGUAAUGAAUAAGGCUUUUAGUAAAACAGAAGAUAAUGGCCAAAGCGAGGAGAGCAGCCUGCCUACUUUUAAAACUGCAAAAGAACAGCUAUGGGUAGAUCAGCAGAAAAAAUACCACCAGCCCAAGCGUGCAUCAGGGUCUUCACAUGGUGGUGUCAAAAAGUCUCUGGGAGCUAGUAGAUCCCGAGGGAUAUUUGGAAAGUUUGUUCCCCCCGUACCUAAGCAAGAUGGGGGAGGUCAGGGCGGGGGCACACAGUAUAAGCCUCAUGGCGCAGGAGCUGCAGACCCAGCACAUCCCGUGGAUGAGCGUCUGAAGAACUUGGAGCCCAAAAUGAUUGAACUUAUUAUGCAUGAGAUUAUGGACCAGGGACCGCCAGUAAAUUGGGAAGAUAUCGCAGGAGUGGAAUUUGCCAAAACCACAAUAAAGGAGAUAGUUGUGUGGCCCAUGAUGCGGCCAGACAUCUUCACUGGCUUACGAGGACCCCCUAAAGGAAUUCUGCUCUUUGGUCCUCCUGGGACUGGUAAAACUCUGAUUGGCAAGUGCAUCGCUAGUCAGUCUGGGGCAACAUUCUUUAGUAUCUCUGCUUCCUCCUUGACUUCUAAGUGGGUGGGUGAGGGAGAGAAAAUGGUCCGUGCAUUGUUUGCUGUUGCACGAUGUCAGCAGCCAGCUGUGAUAUUUAUUGAUGAAAUUGAUUCCCUGUUAUCUCAGCGGGGAGAUGGUGAGCAUGAAUCUUCUAGAAGGAUAAAAACCGAAUUUCUAGUUCAGUUGGAUGGAGCAGCCACAUCUUCUGAAGAUCGUAUUCUAGUGGUAGGAGCAACCAAUCGGCCACAGGAGAUUGACGAGGCUGCCCGGAGAAGGUUGGUGAAAAGGCUGUAUAUUCCCCUCCCAGAGGCUUCAGCCAGGAAACAGAUAGUCAUUAAUCUGAUGUCCGAGGAGCACUGCUGCCUCAGUGAGGAGGAGGUCGACCUGGUGGUGAGGCACUCUGGGGGGUUCUCCGGGGCUGACAUGACGCAGCUCUGCAGGGAGGCGUCUCUGGGUCCUAUUCGCAGUUUACAGGCUGCUGACAUUGCCACGGUAACGCCCGAUCAAGUUCGACCAAUAGCUUACAGUGACUUUGAAGAUGCCUUCAGAACUGUGCGACCUAGUGUGUCUCCAGAAGAUUUAGAACUUUAUGAAAACUGGAACAGGACUUUUGGUUGUGGAAAGUAAAUGGGACGCUUGAAAUUAAAAGGUGGCAUCUCUGUAGCCCAGUCUUCCCAUUUUUUUAGCAUAGGAAAUUGAUUAAGUGUACAUCAAAUGUAUAUUCUGAAUUCUGUACCUCAAAUAAAAUAGAAUAACAAUAGCUCAACUUUUACAAUUGAUUGACUUAGACUAUGUUAAUAUAAGCUCAAUUUUCCUUCCAGUUACCACCUGAUACGUAAGCCUAUUCGUGCAAAAUGGGAAUGCCUUUUUUUUGUUUUGUUCCUAAGAGGUCUUUUCAGGAUGUAUACGAUGAACAGUGAACUCAAAUUGAAACUUAAAAUCUGAUUUGUAUAUGAGGAUGUAUCUGACUUACGUGUAUCUUUUAUUGAAGAAAGUUUCUUCUGAGGAUCACAUAAUUUUUAGUAUUGGCUAGGAUAGUGGUUUACAUUUGAAACUGAGUGUUGCUUACUGUUGUUUAAUAGAUUUUAAAUCUCAACCAAAGCUAAAGUGAAAGUUCCAGUUUUUACUUUGUUCUGGCUUGUGACUGCUUAUGGUUUUCUUCCCUUCCCAAGACUAAUUAAUUAAAACAUGUUCAGAAAUAGCAAAGUGUAAUCUAAGAUCAGAGACAGGUCCACAGAACUGAAAGGGGAAGAAUGUUGUGUUUCUUCAGGGGGGUAGGUGAUGUUUGAAAGUAGUAUUUUAUUUGGCACCACUUUACAACCUGUAGGGUUGGUCUCUUUCAAAAAUAAAUGUUUUCAGAUUUUUAAAAUGGACUGUUUUGUUUUCUAAAUAGUGCAUGUUCUAUGUAGAAACAUUGGAAAAUAGAGGUGAACAAAAGGAAGAAAAUAAAAGUCAGUUACCCUACCGCUUUGAGGACCACAGUGUUAACAUUUCAGCGUCACUUCUUCCAGAUGUUUUAUACAGGAGUGGGGUUGUGCUGUGCCUUCUCGUUUGCAGCUGUUUUCUUUAAAGUCCCUCAUCAUCAUCUUCCACGUUGACAUACUUCUGCAUCUUCCCGUACGUGAGUGCCUGGGAUUCCGUGAUAUGAGGGGGCCUGUAAUUUAGUUAGCCCUCUGUUACAGGGCAUUCAGGGCAGUUCCUUAGGUUCACCUUUUGUAUAUAGUAAAUAAAAUAUGUU